AUGGCAACAACAAUCUUCUUGGGCACGCGGCCGGUCGUGCUUGCACUGCUCUCUGCAGCCAUAUCUCUUGCAGCCGUUGUAUUAUACCGACUCUUCUUUGCUCCAUUGUCAAAAUUUCCUGGCCCGAAAAUCACAGCAGUGACUCAGCUAUGGAUGAUGUAUCAUGAGUUCAAGGGUGAUAGAACAGUUCUAGUCGACAAACUCCAUUCUCGCUAUGGGCCGGUGGUGCGACUGUCGCCCGAUGAAGUCUCGUUCAACAACUACGAAGGCUUGAAGGAGAUCUAUGGCAUCAAGUCAACUUUCUCAAAGAGCUCGUUUUACGACCUAUUCGUGUACUACAAUACGCGGAACACGUUUACCAGUCUAGACAAACCAAGCCACUCGGCCAAAAAGAGACUGGUUGCUGAUCGAUACACCAAGAGCUACGUGAUGCAGCCCUCCGUUGCUAAUAAAGUCCGUGAGCAUGCCGCGGCUUUUAUGAAGCAAGUAACAGUCCAAGGGCCCGUGCUCGAUGUUUACACUUGGCUACACUACUAUGCACUCGACGCUAUCACCAAUCAUCUCUAUGGCAUCUAUGGCACACAGACCUUGUCGAGCCCAGAACACCGAGGGAUCGUGUAUGAUCUCUCCGGUGUCAAGCAUCGCACACGUCUAUACAUGCUACACUACUUCGGCUGGCUGAUGUCGUUCAAGACGCAGCUGACGUCUAUCAUGCGCAAGCUCAGUGGUCAAAACACGGCGUUCCAUGUCCGCGGCAACCGACUGAACGACUACGGCGAAAGCAGCGUCUCGGCCUUUCGUCGCGACCAAGCCACCAAGGACAUGGUCUCAACUUGUGCUAAACUCUUCCGAGAGAUCCCUAACAACGAGCCCGCUAUCGCCGCCGAGUGCAUGGAUCACUUGGUUGCUGGCGUCGACACCACCGGCGACGCCAUGUGCAUCCUGAUGUGGCGAAUCUCGACGCCCGAGUACACGCACGUCCAAGACACGCUGUUCAAUGAGCUUUCGACCAUCAAGGAGGCCUUUGAUCCUGUGACGCGGACGGCGCCGAUCGCCGUGCUCGACAAGCUACCUUACCUCGACGCCGUGAUCCACGAGGCGAUGCGCUGGCGGCCGCCGGUGCCCAUGACGCUGUUCCGCGUUGUGCCUCCCACAGGAGCCGUGAUUGCUGGCCAUGCCGUCCCCGCCGGCACAACUGUGGGAUGCCAGUCAUACAGUCUGCACCGAGUUGAAGAAGUUUUCCCGAACCCCGACCUCUUCGACCCUACGAGAUGGCUGACGGAGGACACUGCGCAUCUGUCGGCAAUGCGCAACCACUUCUGGCCCUUCAGCUCCGGCGGGCGCAUGUGCUUGGGCCACAAUCUCGCCAUGGUCGAGAUGAAGCUGAUCGUCGCCGCAGUGUACAUGCACUACACGACGCGGGCAACCCCGGGGGUGACCGAGGAGAGUAUGAGCAUGGACGAUCAGUUGACCAGUGGAGUGCCGCAUGCGCUGAGUUGUCCGCUGGAAUUCGUGCCGCGGUGA